AUGGGAGAUCAGUAUUUGUGUCUGGACCAAGUGAAAGUGGAUGGGAAUUUGCCUCCUCCACCACCAUCCAAAGCUGGAGCUCCAAAGCCGAACAUCCCUCCUCCGCCGCCUCCACCACCGCCUAAAUUUUCUCAGCCGCCACCACCACCUCCGACUAUCCCAUCACCGAAAUCACACAGGGAAAAAAGCAAGAGCAAGAAUAGAAUCGACAACCGAAGUUCCAGUAGAAAGGAAUCGUCGGAAGGGAUGACUCCGGACAGUGCAUUCGAGGAGGAAGGACACCGUCCUAUGGUCCGCUUCAUAAUUGCCAUCACUAAUGGACUAUUCUUGAUAGUUUUGUUACUAUGGACACUUACUCUACUGACCGGCUUUCAUAUGGUGGAGAUCUCCUUUAUUAAUGACCUAACAGUACUCUCAAAGACAACUGAGUACACAAUGAAUACUGUAGAGCCAGCAGUUUCUAGUCAACCUUCUCGAGCGAUUGUAACCCUGACAAUAUUUUUGAUCUCUUUGACUGGUUUAGUCGGAAACUUUGCGGUUUUCAUGUAUGCCACAAAUCUGAAAAUUCUUCAAAAUUCAUUUGGCCGUCUGUCAGCAUCCCAAUCAUUUGCUGAAGCUGUUCUAUGUGCAGUUUUUCUGGGUUUCUAUUGCCCGAUGGUUUUGUUUGAAAAGAACACACGCAUCCUCAUCGCACUGUCCUACUUGUUUCCCUGCUUCACAUCUAUCUACAUGCAUCUGGCAAAUGAUUGUCUUCUUCCAUACGUUGAUUUUGGUUGGUACUUUGGUGUAAACACUUCCGCCAAUUGUGACAUCAUUCGCUUCUAUGUCGAUUUCUGUAAGGAUUUCGGUGUGGUUGCAGUUAUCGCAGUUGUAGAUGUCGUGACAAUUGUAAUGAUAAAGGUCACAUCACCAGAGACAGGAGCGGUUUUUGCAGCAGAACUUCUGCUAUUUUUCAUAGUCUCUCGUUGUCAGGCUCACCCUGUUUCGAUAUUUCUUUGUACUACUGUAGCAUGGAGCCUGGUACAUACUAUCGAUCCACUGGUGCUGAUAUUAUUUAACAGAGAGUUCCGGAAUUUGUUGAUGAAAAAUCCGAUGAGAUGGAGUAGCAAUAACAGCAACAACAGAGUAGAAACAAGAUAA